UCUACGUCUUCGCCAUGCGUCGUCUACUCUUGUCUUGACCAGGCGUUCACGGCCGUCCGUUUUCAGCGCCGGCCCGAGCGAUGAACCUGACGCAGGACAAGCCGUCCCCCAGCUCGGUCAACAUCACCUGUGUGGUGGAGGGCGUGUUCCCUGCGCCGCUGCUCGAGGUCUUCGCCAAGCGGGAGGACAAGGAAGACGGGCGACGCCUGCUGAGCAACGUCAUCCAGCGGACGGAGGCGACCGAUGAGGGCCGUUUCGACGCCGUGGCGUAUGCGCUGGUGGAGGACGGCAGCUUGGAGGGCCGCACCACCUUUGAGUGCGUCAUGACCAUCCCGGAGACGCAAUACCGCCUGCAGCGGCACAUCUCCUACGCGUCAGGUGCCACCCUGGCUGCCAGCAUCGGUGAGUUGCGUCGUCUCGGUUCCUCGCUUCUAAUGCCUCUACAGCUCCCGACCGUCGUGCUCUGCUCUUCGUGA